GUCUAUUAACCUGUACCUCCUGCAAAUGUGUUUGAAAUUCGUUUAAAAACUUACCGCAGAAGGAUUGCGAACCAAGUCACGAGCCGUUGGAAACUUAUGCGUGUCUUAAACCUGAAAAAUUGGGUGGUGAAUAAGAAUUAAUCUGGUAAAAUGUUCACAGCCCUGUCUAUAAGUUGUGUCCUGAUUCUCGUGAUAGUGAGCUUGAAAGGAGCUGAAAGCCAAAGAAACCGUGCCUGUACUGAAGAUUCCUGCUACGUGUUUAAGAAAGAAGAAAACACAUGGAAGGAGGCCAGAACAUCUUGUCAACAACAGAAAGGCGACCUAGUUUCCAUUGAAACCGAAGAAGAGUGGGACUUUAUCAAAGGCGUAAUAAAAAAUUACACUAAUCAAAACAGUACGACUCGGUGGCAGGUUGGUUUGGAAAAAAAGGCUGGCAAGUGGAUCUGGGUGACGGGAAGACCUCUUACCACUUGCAAAUGGGGAAAAAACCAAUCAAAUGGAAAUGGAGAUGUAGCUAGUAUAACAUGGAUAGGAAAGAACCAGACCAUUCUUUUCGAUGUUCCAAGGAAUACAUCUGGACCUUUUAUUUGUGAAAUUACCAAAGGUACUGGACAUAAUAAUUCGCAAGGCAUCUGCAAGUACGUCGGAAUACCAUGCGAACUGGAGUAUGGCAAGAGGAGCUGGGAACAGAAUUGUAAAUUUUCUGCCUAUGAUUGCAAACUAAACUGCACUUACGAGGCCCCUUCCGACAAAUUUUAUGAAGAAGAGUGCGAUGAGACUUUCAAUCCAUAUGUACAACAAUGCUCCUACAAAUCACACGCAGGUAGUACCUAUCACCAGAUCUGCAACGUUACAAAGUGUAAUCUGACAGAGGGCGAACAGAAAUGUACCACCAACAACACUUGCUAUUGUGAAGGUGAUCAGUGUAAUCACAAUCGCGGUCACGAAAGGUGUACGCAAACUUGCAUAGGAUUAAAAUCCGGGGAGGCAUCAUCAUACUCGCUAUCGCCGUCGCCAUCACUGUCACAGACGCCAUUGCUGUGUAAAACGCCUUCGAUGUCGCCGUCGCCGUUGCAGUCACCGUCGCUACUGAUGUCACUAUCGCCGUCGUCACAGAUAUCAUCAACAUCAUCAUCAUCAUCUGCAUCGCUUGCAAAAUCAGUUCUAAAGUUGGCAAAUAUAUAUCUUUCCGAACUUCACAGAAUUGAUAUCACCAAAAAUACUUCUUUGCAGACGGCUGUGAGGAUCUUUGAACACUUCAUUAUCAGUAUUGAAAACAUCACAAAACUUUCCGACGGCCAGUUUGAUAUGGAAAAAGUAGGACAAAGGAGAGAAUCCAUCUUUAAGGUGGCAGUCGUCCUUGAAGAAAUUGCCAUGAAUUAUAGCAAGCAUCAUCUGCUCAAAAUAAAACACUCAAAAAGGAUCCAUAGCCAGAAGAUGGUUCUGAGUAUCUACAACGUCUCUAGCCGACGCGCAAGCAGAUUCCAUUCAUGGAAAGAAGGGCAAGUGAGCAUAAAUGUUUCCUCUGCAAAUUUUGCGGACUAUGGACAAGUUGUUAUUGGCUGUGUGUACAAGGAUCUCCAUCAGUUANGUCGAUGUCACAAAACCUUUACCGCGAGAACCUCAACUAGUAAUCUGGCUGUGACUCCAUGA